GAUAGUGAAACCCUAACAGGCAACACACUUUCCCUUAUUGAAUUAAUCUAUACAUGCUUUGACGCACUCAUUCUCCCCCAACUGCGCGCACACUGCUGCCUCGCCCCUCACUCCCUCCCUCCCUCCCUCCCUCCGACCACCGUCACUCCGUUUCUCGGCGUCAGCCUCUUUCUCCCAUCGUCUCCCCGGCAAGUUUUCAAUCAUGGCAUCAUCGAUAACCCGUGAGUGGGUGGGACUGAAAACAUUUGCGCCGGCAACUCAGACAAAAUUGGUUGAACUGUUGGGAAGACUAGAGGAGAAGAACGUGGACAAGUUAACAAUACUUGUGAUGGGGAAAAGUGGUGUUGGAAAAUCAUCGACCGUGAAUUCAAUUAUAGGAGAAAGAGCUGUUACCAUUAAUCCCUUUCAGUCGGAAGGACUAAGACCUGCAAUGGUGUCACGCACAAGGACAGGAUUUACAAUAAACAUCAUUGACACUCCUGGUCUCAUAGAAGGGGGAUAUAUCAAUGAUCAGGCCUUGGAGAUUAUCAAACAUUUCCUUCUGAACAAGACCAUAGACAUUCUGCUUUAUGUGGACCGUUUGGAUACCUAUAGAGUGGAUAGCCUUGAUAAGCUGGUUGUCAGAGCUAUUACUGAUAGUUUUGGCAAAGAAAUAUGGAAGAGGGCUUUGAUAGUUCUUACACAUGCUCAGCUUUCACCCCCUGAUGGAAUACCUUAUGACGAAUUCGUUUCAAAAAGAUCGGAGGCACUUCUAAAAGUUGUUCGCCAGGGUGCUCGAUUGAGGAAAGAUGACCCAGUGGUUUCUAGCAUUCACUUUGUUUUGGUUGAGAACAGUGGGAGAUGUAACAAGAAUGAAAGCGAUGAGAAGGUUCUUCCAAAUGGGACAGCUUGGAUUCCUAAUCUGGUCGAAAAAAUCACAGAAGUUACAACAAGGAGCAACAAGUCUAUUUAUGUUGACAAGAAGUUGAUUGAAGGGCCAAACCCUAAUCAGAGGGGAAAGAUCUUUAUUCCCAUCUUAUUUGCACUUCAGUAUUUCUUUGUGAUUAAACCUAUUGAACGCGCAAUCAAGAAUGACGUUGCGAAUGAGGCCAAGCCGUUGUGGGCAAUUAGGGAAGCUAAACGCAGGUUCUAAUUGGCAAUUUUCAUGGGAUGGCACGUUCUAACUUUGUAGAGCAUAGCUGGUAUCAGUUGUUCUAUAUAUAUUAUCUAGCUGAAGUAGGCACCCUUGUAAUGCUGUGAGGCUCAGAAUAUUUUGUACACUCAAGAUUUUGUAUUUUGGUUUGCAUUUUACACCUACCCGUUUUUACUCUCUUCAUUCCAAUUUACAAUAGUAUGAGUAGCAUGAUACCUUAAAGGCUUAAAAAAGAUUAUGGUUGUAGCAUGAUGACAGAGAUAACACAACACGUCCACACAAUUUUGAACAAAAUGAUUUUGGAAGAAGGGAAGAGAUUGGAAUAUACUGCAAUAUCUUUCAGUAACACACAUCAAUAUCACUCUGCAGCUAAGAACUUUAUAUUUUCCUUAGUUGUGUUGUGGCAGAGGAAUGAAUUCCUUUAGCCCUCCUUCAUGGCACAACAAUUCAGAGGAGGGGUGGAAAUAGAAUAGAAAGAUUAAAAGAUUACAGUGGGUUCAAGAUAGAAAUGAAAUGAUGAGGCUAGUUGAGGAUCAUUUUUCUGAUUUAUUCACAAAAUCAGAAAAAAGGGAACAUUGAGAAAUGUACUAAGAAUAUUCUCUUUUUGGAAGGCAGAAGCCCCAGCUGCGUGAUCCUGGAACUUUUGGGAGGAGGAAGGGAAUGCCUUGCGUCUUUUGGGAAGAACAAAGUAAGAAGACAUGUAAUAGUAGCUGUUCUUUGUCUUGUUAGAUAGUGUUGUCAUUAGUUCUAGGCCUUCUAGUUUCUGAGUUUUUGAUAUAUGUGUUUGCUGAAUUUCAUCCAUGUUUGCAUUGUUUU